AUGAAGCUGCUCUACACAAAACCCGUCCUUGCGGAUGUGGCCUCCAAGACGAUAGAGUCGUCGACCCUGGGCUUCACAUCCCUGGCUGUUCUCAGCACUGUCCUGCUUGUCUCGAUCGGGACAGGAGCUGGCCUGCUGCUGGUCUCGCCGGCCAUCACAGCUUCUAUCGUGACUGUACUCUUGACAUUCUUGACGAUCCGACAUUUCUUCUUUCGCCGGCGCGGGCGCUCGGCCAUGGACCAGGCCUGGACGGCGGCCCGGCGUGGCGGCGUGCCCGAUGCCCUCCAGCUACCCAGCACCUACUUCCUCUACGUCCUCGGCUCGGGCGGCCACACCGGCGAGCUCUGCGAGAUGGUCAAGCAGCAGUUCCGCCCGAAUCCGCGGUCCCAUCGCCGCUACCUCAUCACCUCGGGUGACCAGCACUCGGAGCACGCCGUGGCCCAGCUCGAGGGCCGCAUCCAGCAGGCCUUUCCGUCGGCCGACGACGGUGGCAUCGGCCCUGCCGGCACCUGGGACGUCUUCCGUGUCGUCCGCGCCCGCAGCGUCCACCAGCCGCUCUGGUCCACCGGCUACACCACCGUGCUGAGCGCGCUCUCGGUCGUGCAGGCGCUCGUGCGGCGGUCACGUGACCGUCUGACCGUCCGGGACGCGGCGGACUUCAACCUCCCCCACCUGAUCGUCACCAACGGCCCCGGCACCGGCUUCGUCGUCUGCCUCGUGGCCCACAUCUUGAAGCUGCUCGGCCUCGUGCCGGCCAGCCGGUGCGCCGUCCUGUACAUCGAGACGUGGGCGCACGUCAGCACGCUCAGCCUGACCGGCAAGCUGUUCUACCACAGCGGCAUCGCGGACAUGUACGUGGUGCAGCACGAGGCCCUGGCUGCCCGGACGGGCCAGCGGUUCGUCGGCGACGUCGCCAAGCACGGGAACCUGCUGGGCAUCAAGAAGACGCUGCGGACGACCAGACAGCCGCGUUGA